CCAUACUUGACGGCGAGAACCCAAAUCAAGAAAAAAGAAACCCUAAUUGCAAUCCCAAUCAGUACUAUAUAAAGCCACCAAAUUCAAUUCUCAAUCACCAUCUCUCUCGUCUGUUCAUAUUGAUUAUAACUUCUCUCCUAAGCAAUUCUCGCAUAGCCGACUCACAUUAAUCUUUAAUUUCUAUACUGCUUUAGUUUUGAAUUUCUUUAUCUAACCUUUAUUUUUGCAGGGUUUGUUUAAGUUAAUUAUUAAUAUCUGUUUGCGUAUGUUUAAUCUUGUUUAGCUUUUAGUUUCUAUUUGUUUCUGUUAUUAUUUGCGUUUUGUGUGUGUUUUUUUGGUAUUAAUUAUGGAUGCAGGAAAAGUUCAAUCGAGAUACCCACUUCAAGAACAGUUUCUUCAAAGAAAGAAUUCUAAAGACAAUUUGGAUAGAUUUAUACCGAACCGAUCUGCUAUGGAUUUCGACUAUGCGCAUUACAUGUUGACCGAAGGUAAGAAAGGUCCGGAGAAUCCAGCAGUUUGUUCACCGUCGAGAGAGGCGUACAGGAAGCGAUUAGCGGAAACAUUGAACAUGAACAGAUCUCGGAUUCUUGCUUUCAAGAACAAGCCUCCUACUCCUGUUGAGUUGAUUCCUCAAGAACACAUUUCAUCUACUCAUCUUCAGGCUAAACCUACUAAGCCUCGCAGACACAUUCCUCAGACUUCUGAGAGGACAUUGGAUGCUCCCGACAUUGUUGAUGACUUCUACUUGAACUUAUUGGAUUGGGGUAGCAGCAAUGUUCUAGCUAUAGCUCUUGGAAAUACAGUCUACUUGUGGAAUGCAACUGACGGUUCUACAUCUGAGCUUGUGACUGUUGAUGAUGAAGUUGGUCCUAUUACCAGUGUCAAUUGGGCUCCUGAUGGACGCCAUGUUGCCAUUGGCCUGAAUAGUUCUGAAGUCCAAUUGUGGGAUUCUACUGCUAAUAGACAGCUGAGAUCAAUGAAAGGCGGUCACAGAUCGCGAGUCGGGGCUCUGGCAUGGAACAACCAUAUCCUUACUACAGGAGGAAUGGACAGCCUAAUUAUUAACCAUGAUGUGAGAAUUAGAGAGCACAUCGUGGAGACAUACAGAGGGCAUCAACAAGAGGUUUGCGGGCUUAAAUGGUCAGCUUCCGGCCAACAAUUAGCUAGUGGAGGAAAUGAUAACCUUGUUCAUAUAUGGGAUAGAUCUACUGCGACAUCGAACUCCGCCACACAAUGGCUUCAUAGGCUUGAAGAUCACACUUCUGCAGUAAAGGCUCUUGCUUGGUGCCCUUUCCAAGGAAAUUUACUGGCUACCGGAGGAGGUGGUGGUGAUCGGACUAUUAAGUUUUGGAAUACCCACACAGGGGCUUGCUUGAAUUCAGUAGACACUGGCUCUCAAGUUUGUUCUCUGCUGUGGAACAAGAAUGACAGGGAACUGCUCAGCUCCCAUGGAUUUACUCAGAAUCAGCUUAUUUUAUGGAAAUAUCCAUCCAUGGUGAAAAUGGCAGAACUCACUGGUCAUACUUCAAGAGUCCUUUAUAUGGCCCAGAGUCCGGAUGGUUGCACAGUAGCAACAGCAGCAGGUGAUGAAACACUGAGAUUCUGGAAUGUUUUUGGCGUUCCAGAAGUGGCUAAAGCUGCUCCAAAAGCAAGUUCUGAGCCAUUUUCCAAUGUUACUCGCAUCCGUUGAUUAUAAUGUAGAAAUUGGAUUUGAUUGGUCUAAACAACAUUCAUCUUUGGGACAAGAAGUAGCGAACACAGCUCCUUCAGAAUUUUCAAAGAGCAAACAGACUGUCCAGGUCCAGGUAGCUAUAACAAGAUUUGCAGUGCAUCCUUCACUUGGAAAUCAGAUUUGAGGACAAGCUAGAAAGAGGUCCUAAUCAGAAAUAUGCAUAUUUUCCAAAGUGGAUGGAGGGAUUUCAAGUUGUUGCUGUCAGAGAUGUAUGUACAGAAAGGCAUUGACAUCUUGUUUCAGUAGAAUGUAGUCCCUCAUUUGCAAACCCCAUAACGAGAAUGUAGUCCCUCAUUAGCAGCCUCUCUCUCCCUUCACUUGGAAAUUUGGUUAGAGGACAAGCUAGAGGUCAUAAUCAGAAAUCUUGUUUCAAGGAAGGUAUCGUCGCUCAUCUGCGACGAAAUGAGACUUGUCAAAAAACCCCACAAGCCAACGGAAAUUAACAUAGUUUGUUGACUGAUGUUGCAAGGAUUAAUACUUUGCCAGCCUUUUACUGUGUAACUGGCCUUCUUUGUGUUCAAUUAUGUGAAAUGAACAGACUCUUCUUUUAUAAUUAUCUUCUUGCAAUGUGUUAAUUUAUUGAUUGAAGCA